GGGAGGGGCGGGGCCCCCGCGAGCCGCUGUGGGUAAAGCCGUGCGCUCGGAGGCAGGCAGGCGGCCGGCUGGGGAGGCACGGGUCGGGCUGCUGCGUUCCAUCCUGGCCAUGGCAGCGGCGCCACUGAAAGUGUGCAUCGUGGGCUCAGGGAACUGGGGUUCAGCUGUUGCAAAAAUAAUUGGUAAUAAUGUCAAGAAACUUAAGAAGUUUGCCUCCACAGUUAAGAUGUGGGUCUUUGAAGAAACGGUUAAUGGGAGAAAACUGACAGACAUCAUAAAUAAUGACCAUGAAAAUGUAAAAUAUCUCCCUGGACACAAGCUGCCAGAAAAUGUGGUUGCUGUCCCAAACCUCAGUGAGGCCGUGCAGGAUGCAGACCUGCUGGUGUUUGUCAUUCCCCACCAGUUCAUUAACAGAAUCUGUGACGAGAUCACUGGGAGAGUGCCCAAGGAAGCGCUAGGAAUCACCCUCAUCAAGGGCAUAGACGAGGGCCCUGAGGGGCUGAAGCUCAUUUCCGACAUCAUCCGGGAGAAGAUGGGCAUUGACGUCAGCGUGCUCAUGGGAGCCAACAUUGCCAGUGAAGUGGCUGCAGAGAAGUUUUGUGAGACCACCAUCGGCAGCAAGAUAAUGGAGAAUGGCCUUCUCUUCAAAGAGCUUCUGCAGACUCCGAAUUUUCGAAUUACUGUGGUUGACGACGCAGACACUGUCGAACUUUGUGGUGCUCUUAAGGAAACCUAUAAGUGGAUCAGUGCCUGCUACCGGGACAGAGCGUGGCUCGUGGGGGGCAGAGACAGAUGGGGGUGGAGGACCAUUUAUCUUCCUUCCUCUGGCUAUCCUUUGAAACAGGAUCAUUUACCAUCAUUCCUGUCGGCUUGCAUCAGAGCUGGGAUUUUUUAAAACUGAGAAACGGGCAUUUUUGGCUGUAACUGAGUCUAACCAUUCAGUCAUACAGAUAAGGAGACAGAGAUCCAGAGAGAUUAAAUCACUCAAAUGUAGCAAAUAUGGACACAGUUGGUGUGUGAACGUGGGCUCCAGGAAUCUUAGUCUGGUGUUCUUUGGUUACUAUGUACAGCCUGCCUUUUUUGGUUUGUGUCCAGUUGAAUAAAAGGAAGCCCUCCUUUGUCAGAGGCUGCCAAGGCAAGGACAA